UCCCCAGUUUCCAUUUAUUUAUUAUUUUUUGUUCGUACAUGCAAAAUAUUUUCAUCACUAUAUAUCUCAUCCCAACCAACCCUCCCAAUUCAUUCCCCACAACUCCCUCCGCCGCCGUAAUCAUGUCCCCCCCGCCGCCGCUAUCACUCACCUUAGCCCCGCUCCUCCUCUCCCUCUUCUUCGCCGCGCCGGUCCUAUGCUGGCGGCCCUGGCCCAACGCCACCGACUUGCUCUACGGCGGUUCCAAGAAAUACGAAGGCUCGUCGGAAUUCGUCCACCUUAAAUACCACAUGGGCCCCGUCCUCACCGCCAACAUCACCGUCUACCCAAUUUGGUACGGCACGUGGCAGAGCUCACAGAAGCGGAUAAUACGCGACUUCAUCGACUCCAUCUCCGCCGCCGACUCGAAGCCGCCGUCUGUCUCCGGCUGGUGGAAGACCGUGCGGCUUUACACCGAUCAGACCAACAACAACAUAUCGCGGACCGUCCACGUCGGCGAGCAGAAAAACGACCGUUUCUACUCCCACGGGAAGUCGCUCACACGCCUCUCCGUGCAGUCCGUGAUAAAAUCGGCGGUGACCGCGUCCACCCGGCCGCUACCGGUGAACCCGAAGAGCGGGGUGUACCUCCUGCUGACGUCAGACGACGUCUACGUUCAGGAUUUCUGCAACAAUGUCUGCGGCUUUCACUACUUCACUUUCCCUUCCAUUGUCGGGUACACGCUACCGUACGCGUGGGUGGGGAACUCGGCAAAGCUGUGCCCCGGCGUGUGCGCCUACCCCUUCGCCGUGCCGGAUUACAUCCCGGGGCUGAAGGCCGUGAAGUCUCCAAACGGCGACGUCGGGGUGGACGGGAUGAUAAGCGUGAUAGCGCACGAGAUAGCGGAGCUGUCGACGAAUCCGUUAGUUAACGCCUGGUAUGCGGGUCAGGACCCGGUUUUCCCCGUCGAAAUAGCGGAUUUGUGCGAGGGCAUUUACGGGACAGGGGGAGGUGGGUCCUACACGGGCCAAAUGUUGAACGGCAGGGAUGGCGCCACCUAUAACAUGAACGGAAUCCGACGCCGCUUCUUGGUUCAGUGGGUUUGGAACCAUGUUUUGAAUUACUGCACUGGCCCAAAUGCACUCGAUCAGUAACUCUACUUUUUUGUUUUUUCUGCUUUCUAAUUUCUGCUGCCUUCUUUUGCCUAUAAAGAAACUAUUGUUUUGAUUUUUGGCUGUUAAUGUAUGUAUUUAUGUGUUUAUUGAAAUUUUAAACUAGUUCGCCUUUGGUAA